GAGUGGAGUGUUUUUGGAGUGUGUUGUCAGAGUGGAGUGUUGGAGUGUGUUGUCAGAGUGAGUGUUGGAGUGUGUUGUCAGAGUAAGUGUUGGAGUGUGUUGUCAGAGAAAGUGUUUUUGGAGUGUGUUGUCAGAGUGGAGUGUUUUUGGAGUGUGUUGUCAGAGUGGAGUGUUUUUGGAGUGUGUUGUCAGAGUGAGUGUUGGAGUGUGUUGUCAGAGUGAGUGUUGGAGUUGAGUGUUGGAGUGUGUUGUCAGAGUGAGUGUUGGAGUGGAG